UUUGGUAGCUGAUAGUGUCGACCAGUGUCGACUCUCGUCACUAAUGCUUCUAAGAAUUUAAAAAAAAAAUUAUAACCUUAGUCCUGACUCCUGAUUAUUAGAUCUAAAUGAAAUGGUAGAAAUUUCAUUUAUAAAAUGAUAAAGAAAACUGAUAUCACUGAACUUUUCUGUGAUGCCAAAAGAAAAAAUACCUAUCUAAAAGUUUGUGCUCCAAUGGUUCGUUAUAGCAAAGUUCAAUUCAGAUCACUAGUGAGAAAUUAUGGUGUAGAUUUAACAUUUACACCGAUGAUCCUAGCAAACUCAUUUUGCCAAAACUCAAAAGCUAGAUCUAAUGAGUUUCAAACUACUUCUAAUGACACCCCUUUGAUUGUGCAAUUUGCAGCCAACAAUGUUCAUGACUUUCUUGAUGCUUCUAAACUAGUGUAUCCAUAUGCUGACGGAGUGGAUUUAAAUUGUGGUUGUCCCCAACGUUGGGCUAUUAAAGAUGGCUAUGGGUGUGCCUUACUUUCGCAGCCGGAAAUAAUUCAUGAUUUAGUAAGGAGUGUAAAGAGAAAUCUUCCCAAUGAUUUUACUGUUUCUGUAAAAAUAAGAAUAAUGAAUGAAUUAAAGAAGACAUUACUUUUGUGUCAACAGCUUGAAAAAUGUGGAAUAAAUUUCAUGACUGUCCAUGGCAGGUUACCAUCCCAGAAAAACAGUGAGCCUAUAGAUGUGACAUCAUUGGUAGACAUCUUUGAAACAGUACAAAUUCCAUGUAUUGUUAACGGUGGAGUGAAAAAAUUAGAUGAUGCAGAUGAACUUUACGAGAGUUUGAAAUGUGAUGGAGUCAUGGCGGCUAGUGGUAUUCUAACGAAUCCUGCCAUGUUUAGUGGGGCCCAGAAAACACCAAUGAAAUGUGUGAAACUCUGGAUGGAUUAUAAGAAUUUGAGUAGCGAUAAUAUAACAUUUCAAUGUUAUCAUCACCAUCUAGUUUUUAUGCUCGAAAAAAUAUUAAACAGGCAACAAAAACAAAUAUUCAAUUAUCUGAGUACAUUUGAAGAGGUAGAUAGAUAUUUGUUUAGUGUGUUUGGAUUGGAUCAACUACAUAGUAUAUUAGAAAAAGAUUAUGAUGAUGUCGGUGAAUUAGUUCUGUGUGAGUAUGACAACAAUAUCACAAUGAAGCACAAUAAAAAAUGUAGAGGUUGUGGGAAAAGUAAUUUCUAUUGUGGCUGUACAACUUACAACUGUGAUGAUGGUCAUGGUAGUUUUUAUAGUUCAUUUAUAAAAAUAACUGAUGAAUUAGAUUAUAUGGAUACUAAUAUGUUUAAUGAAUUAUUAUAGCCAAUUGUGAUUUGCUUGUGUUGGUUAAAUAAUAAAACAUAUUUUUAAAUACUG